CAAAGGUCUGGGAGUUACAAUAUAUAUUCAUUGUAAUACAUGGGAAACUGGCUUUGCUCAGACUUGAUUUUGGUUCAAAUUAUGAUUUGAAUUUCCCUUCAUUUGAUACUGUGUUGACUGCACAUACCUUCAUUUGAUAUUGUGUAGUCAACACGAUAUGAAAUGAAGGGAAAUGAAAGUACAGCAGUUCUUACUCAUCUUACUGUCUGUGCAUGCACACUAUAUGCAAAAAACAUUUCUAGUGUUUGAGGCUGGAAUGUAUGUUUCUCUUCCCAUUUCAAGGAAGUGAAUUGCUAUUAACCAUUUGUUGAGUGAACACUGACAUCUCUUUAUCCUAGGAGCCAUCAUUUGAGAUGCUUCCGUUGUCUGGGAAAACAAUAAUAUUUGAUAGCUUUCCUGAUCCUUCAGAUACCUGGGAAAUAAUUGAGACUAUUGGCAAAGGAACUUAUGGAAAAGUUUUCAAGGUGUUAAAUAAGAAAAAUGGCAGCAAAGCAGCAGUCAAAAUUUUGGAUCCUGUUCAUGAUAUUGAUGAAGAAAUUGAAGCUGAGUACAACAUUUUGAAAGCUCUCUCUGAUCAUCCCAAUGUAGUCAAAUUCUACGGAAUGUACUAUAAGAAAGAUGUCAAAAAUGGAGACCAGCUUUGGCUAGUUCUUGAGCUGUGCAAUGGUGGAUCUGUGACUGAUCUUGUGAAAGGAUUUCUGAAGAGAGGUGAAAGGAUGAAUGAACUUAUAAUUGCUUACAUUUUACGUGAAGCUCUGAUGGGACUUCAGCACUUGCAUGAAAACAAAACUAUCCACCGUGAUAUUAAGGGAAAUAAUAUCCUUUUGACCACCGAAGGAGGAGUUAAGCUUGUGGAUUUUGGUGUGUCUGCUCAGCUGACCAGCACUCGUCUCCGUCGGAACACCUCCGUGGGCACCCCGUUCUGGAUGGCUCCAGAGGUGAUUGCCUGUGAGCAGCAGCUAGAUAGCUCCUAUGAUGCUAGAUGUGAUGCAUGGUCACUGGGUAUUACUGCAAUAGAGCUGGGAGAUGGUGAUCCACCCCUUGCUGAUUUGCACCCCAUGAGGGCACUCUUCAAAAUACCAAGGAAUCCUCCUCCAACGCUACAGCAGCCUGAACUGUGGUCACCUGAAUUCAAUGACUUCAUUAACAAGUGCUUGACUAAAGAUUAUGAGAAGCGUCCAACAGUAUCUACUCUUUUGCAGCAUGAUUUUAUUAAGCAAAUUGAAGGAAAAGAAAACGUGCUACAAAGGCAACUCAUGGAAUUUAUUGAUGUUCAUCAACAAAUGGGAGUCACUGAAAAGGCAAGAUUUGAACGUAUUCACACAAAGAAAGGGAACUACAGUAAGUCACUAGUUUCAAACCAAGAAGAGGUAGAUGAUUUAGCAACCUUGGAGGUACUGGAUGAGAAUACAGUAACGGAACAGUUGCAGAAGGGUUAUGCCAAGGACCAGAUCUACACAUACGUUGGGGACAUUCUCAUCGCUGUCAAUCCAUUUCGGAACAUAGAUAUUUAUUCUUCACAGCAUUCCAAAUUGUAUAUUGGAGCCAAACGGACUGCCAACCCUCCUCACAUUUUUGCUGUUGCUGACAUAGGCUAUCAGUCCAUGGUGACAUACAACUCUGAUCAGUGUAUUGUUAUUUCUGGAGAAAGUGGAGCUGGCAAGACACAGAGUGCCCAUCUGCUGGUUCAGCAGCUCACUGUCCUCGGCAAGGCUAAUAACAAGACUCUGCAGGAGAAGAUUCUUCAAGUGAACAACCUUGUAGAAGCAUUUGGGAAUGCAGGCACUAUCAUCAAUGAUAAUUCAAGCAGAUUUGGAAAAUAUUUGGAAAUGAAAUUCACUUGUGGUGGCACUGUAGUAGGAGCUCAGAUUUCAGAGUACCUCCUUGAAAAAUCCAGAGUUGUCCACCAGGCAGUAGGAGAGAAAAAUUUCCAUAUUUUUUAUUAUAUUUAUGCUGGUCUCGCAGAAAAGAAAAAACUGGCACAUUAUAAACUGCCAGAAUGUAGACCUCCCAGAUAUCUGCAAAAUGAUCAUUUCAGAAUAGUGCAAGAUUUCAUGAACAAUACCUUUUAUAAGUCUCAGUUUGAAUUAAUAGAACAGUGCUUCAAAGUCAUAGGUUUUACACUGGAGGAACUUGGAAGUGUGUACAGUGUCCUGGCUGCCAUUUUAAAUGUGGGUAACAUUGAAUUUUCUGCAGUAGUAUCUGAACAUAUGAUUGACAAGAGCAACAUUUCCAAUCCUGUAGCCCUUGAAAACUGUGCAUCCCUGCUGUGUAUUCAGGCAGAUGAACUGCAAGAGGCCCUCACCUCUCACUGUGUAGUGACUCGAGGAGAAACAAUUAUUCGUCCCAACACUGUGGAAAAAGCCACUGAUGUCAGAGAUGCCAUGGCCAAAGCCUUGUAUGGGCGCCUCUUCAGCUGGAUAGUCAAUCGCAUCAACACUUUGCUCAAACCUGACAAACAUUUAAGUGAAAAUGACGAUGGCUUGAAUAUUGGAAUUCUUGACAUCUUUGGCUUUGAGAAUUUCAAAAAGAAUUCUUUUGAACAACUGUGUAUCAACAUUGCCAAUGAGCAAAUUCAGUUCUACUUCAAUCAACACGUCUUUGCCUGGGAACAGAAUGAAUACCUUUAUGAAGGUGUUGAUGCAAGAGUUAUAGAAUACGAGGACAACAGGCCCCUCCUAGAUAUGUUCCUGCAGAAACCAAUGGGUUUAUUGUCUCUGCUGGAUGAGGAAAGUCGAUUCCCACAAGCAACAGAUCAGACACUUGUAGAAAAAUUUGAAGAUAAUUUGAAAUCAAAAUAUUUUUGGAGACCCAAAAGAGUAGAUCUAACCUUUGGAAUUUAUCAUUAUGCAGGAAAGGUUCUAUAUAAUGCAAGUGGAUUCCUAGCCAAAAAUAGAGAUACUCUGCCAGCUGAUAUUGUGCUGCUACUGCGAUCAUCUGAAAACAACCUGACACGACAGCUGGUAACUCACCCUCUCACAAAAACAGAAUCUAUACUGAAUGGAGCUGCAGCCAUCUCAAGCCACAAGGGAGAUAUUGGUCGGGUCAAGUGCCAAGGAAGUGGUAGAGAUUUUUUUCAGGGUCCUUUCUUCAGGGUAGGGGAUCAAGACAGGGAGUGGAGUGCAUCUCUUGAGCUGAGGACUGAACAGGAAGGAUCAGGUAACCUGGCACACACCAAAAGCAAAACUACGAUCAGUUAUCAAAUGUGGACCUCCCAAAAAUCAAUCAGUCAUACAAAGAAUGAAGCAGGAGAUACUGGACAUCAUCCAAGAGAAACAACCAGCAUGAAAACACAGACAGUUGCUUCUUAUUUUAGAUAUUCGCUGAUGGAUUUGUUAUCCAAAAUGGUCGUUGGCCAACCCCAUUUUGUCAGGUGCAUCAAGCCAAACAACGACCGGCAGGCAAACAAGUUUGACAAAGAAAAGGUUUUGGUUCAGCUGCGUUACACGGGAAUUCUGGAGACAGCGCGGAUUCGAAGACAGGGUUAUUCACAUCGUAUACUCUUCGCUAACUUCAUAAAACGGUAUUACCUCAUCUGUUACAAAACAAAUGAUGAUCCUCCAGUAAGCCCAGAGACCUGUGCUGCCAUCUUGGAAAAAGCCCACCUUGACAACUGGGUCCUUGGAAAAACUAAAGUAUUCCUCAAAUACUAUCAUGUGGAGCAGCUGAAUUUAAUGCGGAAAGAAACAGUUGACAUGAUUAUUUUGAUUCAAGCGUAUGUCAGAGGGUGGCUGGGUUCGAGGAGAUACAAAAAGAUAAAGGAACAGAGGGAACAAAGUGCUAUUAAAAUACAGUCAGCUUACAGGGGGUUUGUUGCUCGUAAAGAAUACAAAAAUGCAAAGCAUAAUAAAAAAGUGGAAGAAUACAUUACCAAAUUUCAAGCAAUUGCCAGAGGAUACUUACUCAGGAAGAAGAGAAAAGAACUAACUGAAACAAGAAACAAAGCAGCAAUAAGCAUUCAGUCUCACUACAGGGGAUAUAAGGAGAGGAAGGUCUUCAAAAGCAAGAGGGAAUCACUUAGAAAUCAAGAAAUUGAAAAUGCAGCAACCAUUAGCAAGAAGGAAAAUGAUGGAGAACUUCAAGAUCCCAAGGAAAGUCCAACUGAAGUGGAGAGUGCCCUCCCUAGAACGGAAGAAGAAGCAGCUGCCAUAGCAGAGGAUGAAUUAUCUGCUGUGGAAUUCCUUGAAGCACAACUGCAGCCAGCUCAAAAUGAUACACUGGAAGAAGUAGCAAGUGAGGAGACUCAAGAUGAACCUGAUGCUGUCACUGACAGCAAAUGCUCAGGGUACAGUGACACAGGGAAUGGAGAAGAGCAACUGCAAACAUCUAUUGAAGGAGAGGCAGCUUCUGUGAAACAGAACCUGGCAGUAGAAGAGGUUAGUGAAAGUGAAGAACAGGACUCUUUGGAAGAGUUACCCAGCAAAUCUUCUGUCAAAACCUCAGCUGAACCUAGACCCCAGCAAGAGCAAGAUAAUCAAGACACACUCACUGCAGACUGGCAAAAUCAAGAAUCUGCUGUGGUCCAGCCCAGAACUGACAGGGAUGUGGAAAGAAGCUACUUAAAGCGUGAAGCAACAAUGCCUACAGGAGGUAAAGGAAUCACAAGAAAAGAGUCACUAAGAAGAGGCUCAUGGAAGCAAACUGAGGCAGAAAAACAAGGUCCAGAAGACAAAGAGAAGGCAGCAGUAGUAAUUCAGAGCAAUUACCGGGGUUACAGAAGGAGAGGACAACUCAGAAAAGAAGGAAAACUACCUUGCAAAAGUCAAGAGAAAACAAUAAAGGAACCAAAAGAAGCAAUACACGUUCAAAAUAACAAUCCCCAAACAACAAAAGGUAGGGAAUGCACCAGUACAGAAGCGGAAGACUCUAAGACACUGAAGGGAGACUCAGAGAAAGAGGCUUGUGAUUUGGCAGCCUUUUCACGACAGAUAUCAAAAUUAUCUGAAGAUUAUUUAGCAUUGCAGCAAAAACUGAAUGAAAUGAUAUUGUCCCAUCAGCUGAGACCUGUGAUGAUGCCCAAAGAUAAGCAAGCUAAUGGCCGGCUUUCUUCUCAUGUUUGUCAGUCAGUUGUGGCCAAAGUAGAAGAGUCUCGCCCAAUGCAGAGACCCCCCAGAAGGCCACGGAAGCCCAAGACAUUAAAUAAUCCAGAAGACUCCACCUACUACACUCUAAUACAUAAAUCAAUACAAGAUGAAAAACGGAAACCAAGGAAAGAAAGUCUGAGCAAAGUGCUAGAUUUAGAUAUCUACUACCAAGAAAUUUCAUCUACUGACUCCAGCUCCAAGGACAGCAGCACUACCACAAGAAGGAAGCGAUACCCAAUUGAGCGCAGGACUUCCAUUUUACGAGCUACUGAGCGGUCGAGGGUUGCAGAAAGACCCCUGGAAGAGAGCAAAGCCGAAGAUAAUCCCUAUGACUACAGACGACUGCUGCGGAAGACCUCACAGCGCCGGCGCCUUAUCCAGCAGUUCUAGCUGCUGCUGCUGCUCCUGCUGCCAUUUGGCUUUUAUUAGCAUAAUUUUUUUUAUCAUUUUAUACCAUGUGUUUCCUUUUUUUUUUUUAAUCUUCAGUGUUUCAAGUUAAUGUGUGUGUUCAUAUGAAUAUUAAUUACUAUGGUUUACAUCCCAAGACCAUUGCAAAGGGACACUGUCAGUCACAUAUCCUAUUCUUACCUAAUAUAAAAAUCAGCUUUCUUUUGUGUACCAUUGCUACAUCCUAAAAUUAUUAAACAGCUUAAGUCUAGUUUACUUUCCUCAGUGCAUAUUUCUGUUUUUCCACUUCAUCAGUCUCAUCCAAUCAAAAUAAUAAUUUACUUUAUAGUUCCCUAGUUAAGCUUUCUAAUUUCUAUUCACCUUCAGAAAACCUUAGUUAUUGUUUCUAAUAAAUUGUUCUACAGGUGAAAAAAAUGACAAGAGCACCAUGGGGGAAUUUCUGCUUAUUUUAGUUUACAUUGCUUAAAUUUUGGGAUGACCUGUUUGUGGCAAGUGUCCCUUUAAUGAAAAUGUAUACAAUUAAUUGAAUAGCAUACUAGGGCAAUUUAUUUCAUUAUUGACUUUACUGUAAAGCUAGUAGCCAGUUUUAAAGGUCAAUAUUGUGUGUAUAAUCUUUAUGUUGGAGAUGUCCAUUUAUGGGAAGUAUGUCCAGCCCUCUCCUCUGCCUCUGAGCUUUGUGACUAAGUGAUGAACUUCUAAAUCAUGUUUGCUUUGUUCUCAUUUGCAUUAGAUUUUUAGGAAUCUUAAUCUCUGGGGUACCAAGAAAGGAAUAGAAAUACACUCUCUGGUUGAUUGCUGCUGAAAUGUAAUGAUCAUUCGUAAUCAGUUCCACUAGAAAUUAAAUUAAAAUAAAGGCAAUAGCCACAGUGUUCAAAUUUCCCCCUGAUUCCGUAUUCAAAAGACCUUAUUUCACAGAAACCACACAGAUAAUUGCAGCGCUUCCUUUCAGGAUUCAUAAUUGCGUGUUCCCAGCUGCAAAGCAAGAGAAAGCAAAUUUCAUGAUGCCAGCAUAAAGGCCUGAUUCUACUCCGUUCCUCAGCUCUCCUAAAUGUGACAAUUGGCGGCAGCAGUCAGCCACAGGGGCUGGGUUUUGUCCAUUCCCCACGCACAUUUGGCCUUUUCCCCAGAGACAGAUAACCAUUGCUUCCUGAUCUGUAACUCGUUACAAGGCCGUGCACCGGAUUAAAACAUACUGCAAUGUAAAAUUUGCUAUAAAUUGUUAAAAUUUUGAAAUCUGUUCCAAAGUUGUUUUUUCAUGUAUUAAUAAAAUGAUAAAUAAAAAUGUUCAAAGCA